CGGUGAUACACCGAGAUUUCACAAUUCAAAAAUUCAAAAUAUACCGCCAAUGAAAAUUCAAAAUGCACGUCGUCCUGUUUCUAAACCUUUUUCUUGCUUGUGGAUCAGCACUAAACCCUGUAAAAACCAAUGAUACCAAAGGAAUGCUGGGGGAUGAUGUUAACCUUAAAUGUGAACUUGCAGUUCCUAGAAAUGUAUUGCAAGUUACAUGGCAGAAAAUAAUAGGAGAAUCGACUGAAAACAUAGCAACUUACAGUGAGAGAUUUGGCUGUAAAGUAACAGAGAAGUAUCAUAAUCAUGUUAUCCUGGAGAAGAUGGAUCUGAAAUAUUGUUCAAUUAUAAUUAAGAAUGUGACAAAGGAAGAUGAAGGGUGCUACAAAUGUCUCUUUAAUUCCUACCCUAAUGGAGCUGUUCAAGGAAAGACCUGUGUUUCAGUCUACGAAAUGCAUACUCCCAUUCUUGAAAUACAGUCUUUAGCGGAUUCUGACAAAGAAAAGGAAUUGGCUGUCCUUACGUGUUCUGCUACUGGCUUACCAGCUCCCACAAUUUCAUGGAAGAAUACGGAAUCUUUCAUUAUCAUUCACCAACCAUCCUUUAUUAAAAAUCUCAAUGGAACAGUAACUGUAACACAAAAUGUGACCUUAAGUCGUCUCAGGCUUUCUAACAUUAAAGAAGUAACUUGCAUAGCAGUCUAUCCAGACCUACCCAGAGCAGUGGAGAAAUCACUAUCAAGUGACUUUAUUUCUCACUGCAUGGCACAAAAACAAUAUUCAACUUCAGAAUAUAAGCAUGAAAUUUCAAGGAUAUUACUGAUAGUUUUUGGAAUAUCUGGAUUUUUACUAAUUGUUGUUGUUUGCAUAAAAAAGAAAAAUGAACUCUUUGCCAGAUUUUUAGAUCGAAAAAAAUAUUCUCAAAAUGAAAAUGCUUGUGAGACCCCAGCAAACUCCAGCCGUGAAAAUGUCAAUAUAAAUCAAUCAGGCAGUAAAAUGAACACACCUCAAAGAAGAAAAGUGUUAUCUCCUAAAAGUGACAAGCAUCUUCCAUUGCUUAAAGAAGGGCCACCAGCUGAUCUGGAUUCAGUUCAUUCACCUUCCAACGCCGUGGAGAAAACAGCUUUUCAGUGGUGCUCAGAAAAGGAGAAUAUGGUUGAAGGUGUAAAACCGAGAAGCUAUGAAAAUGUCAAUGUAAAUCGAUCAGGCAGUAAAAGGAACACACCUGGAAGAAGAAAAGUGGAAUCUCGUAAAAGUGACAACUAUGAAAAUUUUAAUAUCAACCAAUCGGGUGGCACAGUUAACACACCACGGAGAAGAAAUGUGUUAUCUCCUAAAAGUGACAAUCAUAGCUACAGUAAGAAGAAAUCAGAAUUUGAAAGCCCUAGUCCUCAGCCACUUGGGAAUUCAUCAGGAUACAAAAGGUCAAUAAACUUUUAAAACUGUCCCAAGUUAAGUGAAAGAUUUUUCAACAAAGACCACGAGACAUCUUCUUCACUGCCAAAUACCAGAAUGUGGAUUUUAUUAGUGUGAAAAGAGCUCAAUUUGAAAAGGCAGGUUCACUUCCAAAACUUGGAUUUCCCAUUUCACAAAAGCCUUUUCUUGAAGCAUCCUGUAAAGUUG